GGCGUCAAAUCCAUAAGCAAAAGCGGAAUAGAGGAGUUUCAGAAUAAAAUCAUUCACUGGGAGGCGACUAAUGAAACAGAAACCGACAUUUUGGUUAAAACUCUGUUGUUUUCUUGUUUGGGUAUUUACCUCUGAACAUCAAACAGUCAUGGAUGUGUUUUUAAUGGUAAGGCGGAAGAAGACUACAAUCUUCACAGAUGCCAAAGAGACGACAACUGUAAGAGAACUCAAGAAAAUCAUUCAAGGUAUAAUGAAAGUUGAACCAGAGAAUCAGCAGCUAAUGAAUGAACGUGGCAGUGAAGUUUUUGAUGAUGAGAAGCAACUGAGUGACUACAACUUGACAGCACAAACGGCACGAGCACAGAGCCCAGCAACUGUUGCUUUAGUUUUCAGGCAGGAUAACGGGGAGUUCGAAAAUCUAGAAAUCACUCCUCUUUCAUCUCCACCGGAGUUGCCAGAAGUCAUGAAACCACAGGAACCACAGCCACACGAAAUCAACUGAAGAGUAUAUAUCUCGUUGCCUUUGGGCACCAAAUGAGAUUACCUCAAAACAAUCCCACGAACAGCCUUAAAAGAAUUAGUGAAAUUUAAAUCUUGAGAAUCCCUUGUGUAAGGUAAUGUGAUUGAAGUUUUUUUUUUUUUUUUUUUUUUUUUUUUUUUUUUUUUUGUUUUUUUUUUUUUUUUUUUUUUUUUUUUUUUUUUUUUUUUUUUUUUUUUUUUUUAUAAUAAAGUUAGCUGGGAAUAUGAGACAUUGAGCGUUACCUUUUAAGGUUAAACCAUAAUGCCAUCUUUAUUUUGUAUGUCAUUUUAACCAUAAUGUGUCUUGAAAGUAGGCAAUGUCACGGUUAAAAUUUGUACAGAGCUCCCAAGUAAUGUACCUGUUAAGAUACAGUUAUAGAAAUCCAAAGAUAUGGAUGCAAAGUACCUACCUUAUACUAUAAAUAAUCUGUUAACUAAAUUAGUCAGGAGUAGGUUUAAAGGGGACACAAGGAUCAUUGCUGGUCUUAGUGUGAUUGUUGAAAAGUGUGGGAUGUGUUUUCAAUAUUUUUAAGUGGCAGCAUAAUAAGUUUAAACAUCGCUUAUAAGAGCUAAGAUUUUUCCCCCACAAGAUGUACAUGUAACACAUCGUUAAGCAUUUAAAUGAGUGUUUCUUGGCACUUAAGUGGUAGAUAAUAUACACCAUAAUUCAUGUUCUGAUGCCAUAGUUUGAAAGCAGAUGUUUAUGCUGCAUUUUCUUGCAUAUGUUAGCUUUAAAUAAUCUAUUCUGCUAUUUAAGCAAAGCUAUAUAAGUUACUUAUUUUGUGACUGACUCAAAGGUAUCAGUGUUUGAAAUAGUUCUCCUUUAUUUUUUUUUUCUUAAAUGUUAUAUAAAUAUUUCAUUAACCAUGGUGGAAAUUUCUGUUCAGCAAUUUUGUUGUAUGUUUCUUGAAGUUAGUCACUUCUAUUUGCUGGAAGGAACCAGAAUUUGCUCAUAAGGUUUUAAAUAUUUUCUUUUUUUUUUAAUUCUUCAAUCACAAAAAGUAAAGGGCUUUUCAUCAUAAGAUGAAAAGGGUAUACUGUAUGUAGAUUGUGUUUCUACAAUAUAUCACUGGAAUGAUUUGAGCAAUUUCCAUUCAAUAUUUCAUAGUAUGAUUUUCUGCAUACUUUCCAUUUGGAAGCAUGAUCAGAAUUACUCUGUAGACUGCUAGGUCUUUGUAUUGAUAUGAAAUUUACCAAGGAAACAGGUUAGAAAAUGAUGAAUAGCAUUAAGGAUUAAGUAGCAAAAGCUUGACUAGAUACAGCACUGCUAAAGUUAGUGAUGUUGAAUGAAUUGAGAUAUUUGUUGGGUUUGAAGUUUGCUUAAUUCUGGGUUUCCUUAGUUUUGGUUUAAGAGCUUAUUCUCUUUUUAGUAGGUAAUAAAAGUCAAAGUACGUACUAAGGUAUAAAUUGAAGGCAGAUGCAAGGAAUUGUGCCCGUCUCACUAUUAAUGGGAAAACUGUACAUUAACAUAUGGGUUAGUAAUGAAUUGCAUUGUUAAGGAAGAAUUUCCCUUGUGAAUCUAAGUUAAUUUUUUAUAUAUUUGAUCAAAGCAUUGCAGUUAUUCAGCCCUAUAUGAAUGAUGGCUUGUUUUAGCAUGUAGCAAAGAAAUGCUUAAACCCCAUAUUUUAUAGAAAUUGCUCAAAAUUUUGUAUAUCGAAUUUAACAAUUAUCUACCAUCCUUGCAUAUAGCAAAUUAAGGAUAAUGUUAAAUGGUGAUUACUCAGAUUAAAUCCAUACAAGUUUGUCUUUGGUGGAUGGCAUGAUGGUUUAUUGAAUGGUUUCUUUAUGAACAAAAAGUAGAACUGAUUGGCAAUUGUCAGUCGUUCAUAUAGGCAAGUUUUAUAUGCAUAUUUAAUAGCUGUGUAUUGAGGAAAACUGGUCUGCUGCUUGUUAAAGAUAGAAUUAGAAACUUUGCCCUCACAAACCUAGGUAAAUAACUGGCCAGCUAUACUUAGAUCCGAUAUCCUUAGGUGCUGUUAAUCAUUGUUAAAGAUUUGGGGCUGCCCCACCCACCCCCUCCCUCCCUCCCCUCCUCCUAAGUCCCAAGAUUCAGUCAUUGAUAUACUAUGUUGAUUUUGAUGGUACACAUCCUUAGGCGGGGUAGUUUAUCAUCAGAUCCCUUCAAAAAUCAUAAUUUCGUUUCCAUUUUAAAUUCAUUUGUAACUUGCUAGAAUUCCAAUGUUUUUCAGGGCCUAUGACUAAUUACUUUUUUUUUGGAAGUUAUUGACAUUGAAAGCCUUAAUCUGAAGUUGUAGCUUCAGUUUAUGUUGUAGAAGGUAGAAGGAUCUCCUUGGAGUUGCAUUCAUUUGAAUAAAAUGCCUUAGUUUUUUGAGGGUGAAAAUGUAAGGAGGUAGGCAUUUUCUUGGUCGGCAGUAUUUAAAAGUCUGGAAUAUGUAAUUGACACAAACUGAUAUUAAUUGUUUGGGAAAAGAACUAUUUGUUUUUUCUCUUUCUUUCCAAGCAAGGAAUAGUUUGAUGUGCUAUGUUCUUUGGUUACCAGUUAAUCUCCAGGCUCAGUUGCCUAUAAGAUUAAAAGCUAUGUUUGAUAGGCCCUUUAGAAUGUUAAUAGUAUUAAAUAUUUAUUACUAUUUUUAUUGUAUCCCAUUCCCCGAUGUAUGAAUUUUGUACAUUAUUGUACGGUGUAGCGUUUGUGACAUGGUAUUUGGUUUAGAUAUUGUUAUAUGUGAAAUUUGCAUUUUUUUUCUUUUUUGUCACUCAAAACUUAUUUUUUUUCCUAUCUACUCAUAUCUGAAGAUCAUAAAAGCUAAUAUUUCAUUGUAAAUCAAGUAGUGUUAAUGGUAAUGCUUCAAAUGUUUAACCAGACCUUUUCUUAGAUUUUGUUUUCAUCAAAUUUUUUACAAUAAAUUUUCCUGUCAAAA